UUCUUUUCAUAGCUGCAGUCACACAACUGCUUCCUUUGUGCCGGACGGUAGCUCACGAGAGUGAUUGAAUGGAUAUUUCCCGGUGCACCGAGAAAUGGGAGAGGCCUCUGUCGUCCUCCAUCAUGCUGUCAAAGAAAGACACAGGCUCUUCCUCCUCAUCUUCCUCCUCUUCCUCAGGAGGGAAUGGGGCUGAUCGGGCCCUGGAGACCUCGGCCGGGUCCCAGUCGGGAGCUGCGACCAUUUCUGCCGCUUCUUCGGCAGAUGUGAAAAAAAAAGAAAGGGCAUCCCCGAGCGGAGAGGCGAGUGGAGCACCUCUGCCUCACCUACCCAGCUCGGGAGGGGCAGAUCAGGACUCUGCAGAAGGGCGCAGGACCAGCCGUCGCAAGAGAGCCAAACAGGUGGAGUACAGGGAGAUGGACGAGAGCCUGGCGAACCUCUCGGAGGAUGAAUACUACUCAGAGGAGGAGAGGAAUGCUAAAGCGGAGAAAGAGCGAAAGCAGGUGGUCCCUCCACCUGCUCCACCUGUGGAGGAGGAAAACGACAGUGAGCCAGAGGAACCCUCGGGUUUAGAGGGUGCAGCUUUUCAGAGUCGCCUCCCACACGAUCGAAUGACCUCACAAGAAGCAGCGUGUUUCCCUGACAUCAUUAGUGGUCCACAGCAGACGCAGAAGGUCUUCCUGUACAUCAGGAACCGUACGCUCCAGCUCUGGUUGGAUAACCCCAAGAUCCAGCUCACGUUCGAGUCUACUGUACAACAGCUGGAGGCACCUUACAACAGUGAUGCUGUGCUGGUCCACAGAAUCCACAGCUAUCUGGAGAGGCAUGGCCUCAUUAACUUUGGCAUCUACAAGCGAGUCAAACCUCUACCAAGUAAGAAGACAGGGAAGGUCAUAGUGAUUGGUGGAGGAGUGUCUGGUCUGGCGGCUGCGAGGCAGCUGCAGAGCUUUGGCAUGGACGUCACCGUGCUGGAAGCCAGGGAUCGUGUUGGAGGAAGAGUGGCCACCUUUCGUAAAGGCAAUUACGUAGCUGACCUGGGAGCAAUGGUGGUAACAGGCCUAGGUGGAAACCCAAUGGCUGUUAUCAGUAAGCAAGUGAACAUGGAGUUGGCCAAGAUUAAACAGAAGUGCCCACUCUAUGAGGCAAACGGACAAGCUGGAGAGCGAUGCACAAGCGUCCCCAAGGAGAAAGAUGAGAUGGUGGAGCAAGAGUUUAACAGGCUACUGGAGGCCACGUCUUACCUCAGUCACCAACUUGACUUCAACUUCCUCAAUAACAAACCUGUGUCUCUUGGCCAAGCCUUGGAAGUGGUUAUACAGCUGCAGGAGAAACACGUGAAGGACGAGCAGAUCGAGCACUGGAAGAAGAUUGUAAAGACGCAGGAGGAGCUCAAAGAGCUGCUUAAUAAGAUGGUGUCCACUAAGGAGAAAGUGAAGGAGCUGCAUCAACAGUAUAAGGAGGCGAGUGAGGUGAAACCUCCCAGGGACAUCACAGCUGAGUUCCUGGUCAAGAGCAAACAUCGUGAUCUUACUGCCCUCUGCAAGGAAUAUGACUUACUAGCUGAGCAGCAGGCAAAACUUGAAGAGAGGCUGCAAGAGCUAGAGGCCAAUCCUCCCAGUGAUGUGUAUCUGUCAUCAAGAGACCGACAGAUUCUGGACUGGCACUUUGCAAACCUGGAGUUUGCCAAUGCCACACCUCUGUCUACCCUCUCUCUCAAACACUGGGAUCAGGACGACGAUUUUGAGUUCACAGGGAGUCACCUGACCGUCAGGAACGGAUACUCGUGUGUUCCAGUGGCACUGGCCGAGGGAUUGGACAUCAAACUGAACACUGCGGUGCGGCAAGUGCGCUACACCUCUUCGGGCUGUGAGGUGAUAGCCGUGAACACACGCUCCACCACACAGACAUUUAUCUAUAAAUGUGAUGCAGUGCUGUGUACUCUUCCUCUGGGAGUGAUGAAGCAGCAGCCACCUGCAGUACAGUUUGUGCCUCCUCUCCCUGAGUGGAAGACCUCUGCUCUUCAGAGGAUGGGCUUCGGCAACCUCAACAAGGUAGUGCUGUGUUUUGACCGUGUGUUCUGGGACCCAAGCGUGAACUUGUUCGGUCAUGUAGGAAGCACCACAGCCAGCCGUGGAGAGCUCUUCCUUUUCUGGAACCUCUACAAAGCCCCCAUUCUGCUGGCGUUGAUGGCCGGAGAGGCUGCUGGCAUUAUGGAGAACAUCAGCGAUGAUGUCAUUGUGGGCCGUUGCCUAGCAAUCCUAAAGGGAAUCUUUGGUAGCAGUGCAGUUCCUCAGCCAAAGGAGACAGUGGUGACGCGAUGGCGUGCAGACCCUUGGGCUCGUGGCUCAUACUCUUACGUGGCAGCUGGUUCCUCUGGAAAUGACUAUGACCUCAUGGCCCAACCAAUCACGCCCGGACCUGCCAUACCUGGGGCCUCACAGCCCGUUCCUCGACUCUUCUUUGCCGGGGAGCACACGAUCCGGAACUAUCCGGCGACGGUACACGGGGCCCUGCUGAGUGGGCUCAGGGAGGCAGGACGCAUUGCUGAUCAAUUUCUUGGAGCCAUGUACACAGUGCCACGGCAAAACGCACCUGCUGCCAACCCCCAGCCCUCUCCCAGUGUGUAGACACAUACUACCAUCCACACACAAGUCUAGCAUGUAGGAGCUCACAUGUAUGCAUCGUCUUGGACGGUUUACAGCUCUCGCACACACACCCCCACAUGCCUAUAGCCCAGAAAAGAACCACCUUACACUAGCUGAGUUUUUGAAUACACAUCCAGUAAGAUCAAGAGACUUUAUGAGCAGCAAAUGUAAUUGAGCAGAUUAUGAAGUCUGUUUAAUGUAUUGAACCUUUAGAAAGUGUGCGUGUGUUCACUGAUUACUGGCUUCCAUAAGGAAGCAGGAGUUGAAAGGAAGCUCUACCUCUUCCUGAUGAUCAGCAUUGAAAAAGAGUCAUCGGAGGAGGAGUAGCCCCUGAGAAUUUCCUGGAAUUUACCACAAUUUUCAGGAAUAAUUGUUACCUUGUUUGUGUGCUUUACAGCUCGUUCUUUGACAAAGUACAGACUGGAAAGCACACAAAACACAAAUAGUCAGUCAGUGGACUUCACGGUGCACACUCAGGCCAAUACACACACUAACUUCCACCGAAUACAUGCACACUUUCUUAUGGUCUGGAUUACACCACAAACUAAAACCAGCUCUAACAAUGUUUUGUAAAGACGUCCACUCGUAAUUGAUGGGAUUCCUGAAGCUUGUUGUCACAGUAGAUCUGUGUGAACUUUGUAGACUGGCUUUCUUCACAGAUGUUUCUCUAAACCAACAUUAUAUCCAGUUAGACAAAAUGUGGUUCACUUCAUCAGCACAGUUUGACAGAGCAUUAAAACAGAGUAUGUCAUGUAUGGAGGAAGAAUCUGCUCAGAAACACGCAUACAGACUGGAUCCAGAGUCUAAAAGUCUUUGCACUGACAAAUUCAUGUGAAAGCUUCACAGCUUCUGCUGUCGUUCAUCAUCUUGGUCGACCCUUUAGUUGAGAAUGGAGGAAAAAAAUGGUUUGAAGCAUAUUCUUAUUUUAAAUUUUUGUUGAAAUAUGGAACGUUGUUAAUGAUUUUCAAGAAAUUGAAGCAGCUGGAUUGAACAUGUUUUUGGUUUCCUUUAUUUUAUGUAUUUGUCAUUACAGUCUAGGUUUUAUAUUUUGCCAGAAUUUGGUAUUAAAUGAAGAAAAGAAAG